AUGGGUGACCAGAAUGGUCGUCUAGACUCACCGCCGAGUAGCCAUGAGUUCGACAAAUCUGUAAGUCCACCAAGUCUCGACCGAAGCCGUGAGAGUGAUGCCUUCAGAUCGAACACUUCCAGUCCGUUAUUGAAUACAGAACCGCUACCACUUGAUGAUCAGUCACAUUGUCCAUACUGUCAUAAAGAUUUCAGAAAGCCACGUGUCCUGGAUUGUUUGCACUCAAUGUGCGAGGAUUGCAUAAUUGCGCAGUUGGAUGGUCGGCGAGAUGCACAAAAAGCAAAUGAGCAAUCCAGUCGCAACCCUACGGAUUGUGAACUAGAAACACCCAAGCUGAAGGAACGCCCUACUCCUCCUGGCGUCAUUCGCUGUCCAAUAUGUGCACAAGAGUCUCAUGUUGGAAACGAUGUACGCUACGUGCACACAAUGCUCCUUGAUUAUGUUCGGCUUGCGGAGAAUGAAGAAGCCGUUGGGGAGCGACGUUGUCGCGCGUGCAAAUCUGAGCAGCCAGCAAUUGCUGUUUGUAAGCAAUGCCAAUCAGAUUUGUGCUCGAACUGUUUAUCUGCUCACGGUGUUAUGAGGAUGUUUGAAGGACAUGAGGUAAUGACGUAUGCUGAAAUGGAACAACGCGGUCAGCGAGGAGAUGUACGUCCAGUGCAGUGCCCGACGCACUCACUCCCUUAUAAAAUGCUCUGCGCAACUUGCGAGACGUUGUGCUGUAAAGUCUGUCUUGAAAUGGAACACCUAAAUCAUAAGGUAGUCGAAGUGAAUGCAAGAGUGGUAUUCACCAUACAGUCGGAAAUUGAAAAGCUGGCUGACAAAGUGGAGAAAAAGUGGCGCGACUCGAUGGCCGAGUGGAGCGCUAUCCCGGAUCGGUCAGCUAGCCUCCAUGAACAGUAUGAAGCAGCGAAGGUUCAUGUGGAAAUGGCCUUCGACGACUUACUGAAGGCUCUUGAAGAAGCCAAAACCAACAAGCUUGCUCAGUUGGAGGAAACUCGUCAGAAACAAGAAGUGGCUAUUGAAGAUCUAUACAGAAAAAUGAAUCUGAAUGAAGCGAGAGUGAGCGAUGCACUGAGAUUUGCGCGUAACUUGCUGUCAAAAUCGAAUGGUAUGGAGUUACUGGCAAGUCGUCGUAAAGUUGUGCAACAGCUUAACAACCUAGCUCACACUAUGCCAGCCCUAGGAAUUCAGGUGGAACUGGAAUAUCAGCCGUUAUCGAAAAAGCAAUUAGACACGCAUAUGAAUGCUAUUUGUGGAAAUGUCAUCGGCCGAAUGGUGUCAGCCAACGUCAAGGAAACGAUAACAGUGCAGCAGCCACCUACCCAGCAAGUCCAGCAAAACCAGUCAGACUAUCCAGCAACUAGAGUUGGUGCUGCAACCUUGCCUGGCGCCACCGAUUGGAAUCGAUCAUUGAGCAAUGGUCAUGGGUCAACUGGUGACUUGGGAGCAAUCGGCAUUGAAAGAAAGAAAUCAAGUAUCUCGUCUGCGUGGAGCAACAGCAUCGGACCGUCCCGAGUCACUGGUCCGGGAGGCGAUGCAUUUGGCUGGCCUCCCAGUAGUCAUCCACCGGAUUUGCCUUCGCCUUCUCCACCGAUACCGUUGAAGGAUGUUGCUCCGCCAAGUUUCACCGUUGGUGGACCGGGCGUCAUCGGUCAGCCUUCAAACGCGACUCCUUCAGUCACCGCAUCGGGAGGAAAUCCUUUAUUGACUGGAGCAUCAAAUACCGCAUCUAUGAUCUACAACAACUACCAGUGGCCACCAUCAUCGAAUCCAGCUCAAGCAGCUGAUCUUCGUUUGUUUCCGCCAAUGUCACAUCCGUCGUCGGUUGUUGGAGCGAAUCAGUUGAAACUGGCUCAAGCACAGGCACAGGCAGCACAGCUUCAAGCAGCUCUCCUCUUGCAGAAUAACGGACUUGGAAAUCCCAAUCUACUCAUGCAGGCGCGACUGCGAUCGUUGGGACCUGGAGUAGAUCCACUUUUGGCACUCGGAGGGCUGUCAUUGGCUGGUGGUCCAGGGGAUGGCGGUGCUCUCCUAGGAAGUGGAGCACAGAGAAGUUCACCGCAAGAGGUCCUAAAUUCAGCUCGAGUACCUGACGUGUUUGGGACAAGCCAGCAAGGCAGUUCGAUGCGUGAAUUGCAUUGUCCAUCCGGUUUCUGUUUGUCAGAGAGCGAUGAUAUCCUUAUUGCUGAUACAAACAAUCACCGCAUUGUAGUUUGCGGACCGCCACAUCCAUGGAAGAUUGGCAGACCCGGAACAGAUGAUGGGCAGCUGUGCUUCCCGCGCAAAGUGAUUGCUUUGAAAGGUGACGUUACGAGGUAUGCUGUUCUUGACAAAGGUGUAGAUGGUAAAACACGUGCACAGCUGUUCGACCAACGUGGUGAAUUCAUCAAACGCAUCAACAUGGUGCCUCUGGUACCUCGCGGUGGAAUAGAAGUCUCAGCUGCUUCAUGCACGUCCUCAGGCCACCUUCUGCUAGUCGACACUAGUGGGGUGGUUUAUUGUAUUGACGUAGACGUACCGCGAGUUGUGUUCUGGUUUGAUGCGUCGUCUCAUCUUGGCGAAGCAAGCGACGUAGCCAUUUAUGAGAAAAACGUUUAUAUAACUGAUUUCAAGCAUCACUGCGUGCAAGUUUUCAACACUGAUGGGCAGUUUAUUCGUAAACUGGGUGAACCAUCACAAACACCGUAUCCAAUUGGUAUUGACGUAUCAAAGAAUGGUGACGUUCUUGUUGCCGAUACGCAUGGGAAUCAUCUUCACGUCGUAGUAUUCACUGCAGACGGCACCCUUCAACAAUCCUUUACGCAUAAUGAGUUCAGACUGUCUCGUUGUGUCGGUCUGCGUGUCGCUGGAAGCGGUCAUGUUGUCACUUUGUGCAAACAUAACCACACACUUUUCGUGUUCAAACCGCUCUACAUUCGUUAA